AUGUAUCAAACAAGAUCCCUCAAAUUCCCCUGCAUUUAUCUUUUUGAUGGUGUGGACAAUCCUUCGCUUCUAGAACUCAAGGUAGAAUAUAAUUAUUAUGCUCGCCAUUGUAACAAACCCAUUCAAUUAACCCCUAAGUUUCACAACCCUCCAGGGAGUUUGUUUUUAGUUGGUUUGUGUAAUGGAUUCACUUGUUUCAUGAAUGGUCCGAUGCAUAUUGAGAAACAUUUUGUUUAUAUUAGUAAUCCUCUUUUGGGUGAAUAUUUCGAAGUUAAAUUUCCUGAAUGGGAGAUUAGUGUUUGUCGUGUUACUUAUGGAUUUUGCUUUAGCAAAGCAUCUGGAAAGUAUAAUGUAUUGAGAUUUGUAGUUAGAAAGCUUACUAAAGUAUCGGAAUUGGAGGUUUAUACUCUUGGAGUUUGUGAGAAAUGGAGAAAUGUGGGUGAAAUUUCGUGUCCCGUAUGGUAUAAAUUUGACAAGGCUAAAAGCAAUGGUGCUCUUGAUUGGAUGGAUAGCGAAAAAAUGACAUCAUUUACUCCUUUGAUAUUGAGACAGAAAAGGUCAAGUCCCUGCCAGCUCUACCGGGACUGGUAA